AUCGACACACGAGGGGAAGGGGACCCAGCUACACACAGCCAAGAAGAGAUCUGUUUUCGCGUUUAAAACAUGAGACCUUGCAAGUUAGGUCUUAACACACCUCAUCUCAACUCAGCAAAGAAAGUACGGACAUUUGUGUUUGGGGAAGGCCAAAACAAAGAAGUUUGCUGCAAUGAAGCGAAUGAUUAACCUAAAAGAUAACAGAAUAAAGGAGAAGGACCGUGCAAAAGCAAAAGAGAAAAAGAAGAAAGAUCCAUCUGCGCUUAAGGAAAGAGAAGUGCUAAAGCACCCUUCAUGCCUGUUCUUCCAGUACAAUACGCAGCUUGGUCCACCAUACCACAUUCUAGUCGACACCAACUUUAUCAACUUCUCCAUCAAGGCCAAACUGGAUAUUGUUCAGUCUAUGAUGGAUUGUCUGUAUGCAAAAUGUAUACCCUACAUCACGGACUGUGUCAUGGCUGAGAUCGAAAAGCUUGGAAUGAAGUACAGAGUUGCACUCAGGAUAGCCAAGGAUCCAAGGUUUGAGCGUCUGCCGUGCACACACAAGGGAACGUAUGCUGAUGACUGUUUAGUGCAGAGAGUAACAGAGCACAAGUGUUAUAUCCUGGCUACUGUGGACAGAGAUCUAAAGAGAAGAGUCAGAAAGAUCCCCGGGGUCCCCAUCAUGUACAUCUCAAACCACAGGUAUAAUAUUGAACGGAUGCCUGAUGACUAUGGUGCUCCAAGGUUUUAAUGAUACUAGGACCAGACCAGAGCUGUAAAUAGACUUGAAAUCUCCUUUUGAAUCUAAAUUGUUAUUAAAACUGUUGUGAGAUUUUGAUUUCACUGGUGAGGUGUGUUUGAUCAAACUGUACAUUGCUUUAUGUUUUGGUAUUCUUCUAAACAAUUUAUUAUAACAAUAAAUGCAUUGUUGCAGA